GUAAAGAGGUUAGGAAAAAGGGCAGUUGGAACUCGGUGAAUCAGUCCGGCGGAGACUAGCGCGCGCCUCCUCUUUCCAUGCGUUCAGACGCCCUGCGCCGCCUCAUCACCUCACAGAAGAGGAGUCGGGUCGGUUUAUAAUUCACCGGACAUGAUGAGAACCCGAAGCAACUCCAAGCGUCGCAAACAAUCCCCUGGUACGAAUGCCGAAGGAGUGGUGGGUAGCAGCUCUCAUAUUGAUUCAGAACGACAAAGCGGGCUUUCACUUGAAGAGAAUGAGACUCUUGAAAACAUAUCACGAGAUUCAGUGGGGAAGCUUAUUAAGAAAGCAAAGUCACGUGGAGGUUCUCGAUUCUCAAAUGCUGAUGAUACUUACCUGCGUCGAUGUGAUUCUACAGGAAAGAACUCGAGUGAAUCACCAUGUAAGGAGAAACAAACGACAAGAACUGCAUUUGAUGCUACUUCUGAUGGAAUGAGCAUAGGGCAAAACACUCCACAAAAAAUGGAAGUUGGAGGAAGAAAUACUCAUCAUUUGAAUCCUGAGAUUGAAGAUGAUGAUGAUCUGGAUUGGGAAGAUGGGUCAAUUCCUAAUUUAAAUUCAGAAACUAACGGAGUAAGGGUUGAGUUUGAAGUCCCUGAAGAUGCUUCCAAGCGUCGCAAGACUGCGCGUCGUGCUACUGCUGAAGAAAAGGAUUUGGCUGAGCUCAUACAUAAGGUUCAUUUGCUUUGUUUGCUUGGGAGGGGGAGGUUGAUUGAUUGUGCUUGCAAUGAUCCUCUCAUUCAGGCUUCUUUACUGUCACUUCUCCCCACUCACGUGUUGAAGAUACCAGAUUCAACGAACCAUACUGCAAAGUCUCUAUUCUCUAUCGUUAAUUGGUUCCACAAACAUUUCCGCGUUAGAAGUUCAAGUGCCACUAAGGAAUCAGUACAUUUAGCCAUGAGAUCUACUCUUGCAUCUCAGGAAGGGAGCCCUGAAGUGGUUACUGCUUUGUUUGUGGCACUGAUCAGGGCUCUAAAUAUUACAGCUAGGUUUGUAUGCAUGUUGGACGUGGCCCACCUGAAGCCUAGCAUGGAUGAACCUGAUUUAUCUAGAAGGACAGAUAAUGAUAUCUUUAAAGCCUCAACAUUGAUGGUUGCUGGAUCAAGUCAUGCUCCUGAAUCUCCUUCAAGACAUCUGGCAUCUACUGACAAUGGUAGUGCUUGCGGAACUUCGUCAAGGUUCCCAAGUUCCAAGCAGACCCCAACUGAUGGAAACAAACCUAAGGGUAGGAAGCCAUUGGGGAAAACAUCUAAAUCCAGUGAUUCAUCUCUUACCGAUACUUCGAAGCAUAGAAUGUUGGAUAAGUCAGAGUUGGAGGUUCAGAAUGAUAGCAGUGAAGCAUGUCCUACACAUAGGGGAAAAUCAAAGAGAAAAGGUGAUCUUGAAUUUGAGUUACAGUUGGAAAUGGCGCUUUCUGCAACAGCAGUUGAAAGGUCUAAGGAAACUUCUGUCCCAAAUGUGGUAGAUGCACAAAACACUUCAUCAUCAAAUCUUUCACCUCACAAAACAAUGAAGAAAAUCAUAGCAGAAGGUUCACAUGGAAUUUCUACUGCAAUUGGAUCGAAAAAGGUGGGAGCCCCGUUGUACUGGGCAGAAGUCUAUUGCAGCAGUGAGAACUUGACCGGAAAAUGGGUUCAUGUAGAUCCUGUGAAUGCAAUUAUUGAUGGUGAGCAAAAUGUUGAAGCUUCUGCUGCUGCAUGUAAAGUUCCUUUAAGAUACGUUGUUGCUUUUGUGGGAAAUGGAGCUAAAGAUGUGACCCGCAGAUAUUGCACGAAAUGGUACACAAUAGUUUCCAAAAGAGUCAACUCUCUGUGGUGGGAUGCAGUAUUGGAACCGUUGAAGAAGUUGGAGGCAGGAGGAGCAAGUGGAAAUGAGACUAUAGAGGCAGUGAAAGGAGUCUGUCAUUCAGAGGCAUUCAAAGAAUGUAGUAAUGAGAGGAGAUCCUCGCAGUCAGCUUCAGUGGCUUCCUCUGUUGUCGGUGCGUCAAGGAGUGAUCUAGAAGAUAUAGAGUUAGAAACUAAGGCAUUAACUGAACCACUCCCUACCAAUCAGCAGGCUUACAGGACCCAUCAUAUAUAUGCUAUUGAAAAAUGGCUUAACAAGUAUCAAAUGCUUCACCCGAAGGGACCCGUCUUGGGUUUUUGUUCAGGUCAUCCUGUAUACCCCCGAACUUGUGUCCAAACGCUCCAUACAAAGCAAAGGUGGUUGCGGGAGGGUUUGCAAGUGAAAGCUAAUGAACUCCCAGCUAAGGUUCUAAAGCAUUCUCAAAAGCAGAGGAAAGCAAUAGUUGUGGAUGAUGAUGAGAGUGGUGAAGGUGAUUCAGGUGGAACUACUGCACUUUAUGGACAAUGGCAAACGGAACCAUUGUAUCUUCCUCCUGCAGUCAAUGGCAUUGUCCCGAAGAACGAACGAGGUCAAGUUGAUGUGUGGUCAGAAAAGUGCCUGCCUCCAGGAACUGUGCAUUUGCCGUUCCCAAGAAUCUCUCUGGUGGCAAAACGACUAGAAAUAGAUUAUGCACCUGCCAUGGUUGGCUUUGACUUCCGCAACGGUCGUUCUGUCCCUCUGUUUGAGGGGAUUGUGGUGUGUGCUGAGUUCAAAGAUGCAAUUUUAGAGGCAUAUGGAGAAGAGGAAGAGAGAAGAAAAGCAGAGGAGAGACGAAGAAGAGAAGCGCAAGCGCUUUCAAAGUGGUAUCAACUCCUCUCAUCCAUAGUAACACGACAAAGGUUAAACAAUGCCUACGCAAGUGGGGGCCCAUCCGGCGCUCAAAACCCCAGCGAAAGUUCAACAAUGAGUAUGAAGACUACGAGCGUUCGUCCACAUGAAAGGAAACAAGAGAUGGAGAAGAAGCUGCCAUUGUUAGCCUCAAAAGAAGAAGAAGACCAACACGAACAUGAACAUGUGUUCUUCCUAGAGGAUGAUGAUGAUGAUGGAACUCGAAUGAAGCGUUGUCGUUGCGGGUUCUCAAUUCAAUUUGAAGAGUUGUAGAGCAAAAUGAAAAGAAUAAUGCUAAAAACCCACCGCGGGUGCCCCCAUUGAUGACAAUCACAGAUGAAUUUUAUACAUAUACAGUCAAUAAUCGUGUGUCCACAGAUGAUGAUUAAUGUCUGUGUGUAUAAAUGGGGGCAACCAUG